ACAUGGGUUGCACCACCUCAAGAAAGUUGGCUUAAAGUAACAUCCCUUAAUGGGUUGAAAUUGUCAGAAACCAGAACCCUUCUUUUGCUCAACUCCAAUCACGUUGCCACCCAAUUUUAUCUCGUUGGUUUUGCAAAAGUAAUAAAGAGACAGAGAAAAACAAAAAGGAAAACUUGCUCCGUUACAGCCUCACAAUUGUAACAAGGUUUCGUAUAAAAGAGGACAGAAAUUUCGCAGGUUCCUCCUUUGUCUGAGGAUCUUGGAGAAGGAAACAACAACAAAAAAAAAUCAAAAAACAAAAAAAAAACAAAAAGAUGUCUUUCACAGGAACUCUCGACAAAUGCAAUGCUUGCGAUAAGACAGUGUAUGUGGUGGACAUGUUGUCCAUUGAAGGGAUGCCUUACCACAAGUCUUGCUUCAGGUGCACCCAUUGCAAAGGAACCCUUGUGAUGAGCAACUAUUCCUCCAUGGACGGAGUCUUGUACUGCAAGACCCAUUUUGAGCAACUGUUCAAGGAGUCUGGCAAUUUCAGCAAAAACUUUCAACCAGGAAAAACUGAGAAGCCUGAGCUGACUAGGACUCCCAGCAAGAUAUCAUCCAUCUUCUGUGGAACACAAGACAAGUGUGCCGCUUGCGAAAAAACUGUUUACCCUCUUGAAAAGGUACAAAUGGAAGGAGAAUGCUUCCAUAAGACAUGUUUCCGGUGCGCUCACGGUGGCUGUACGCUCACUCAUUCCUCUUACGCCUCCCUAGACAGCGUUCUGUACUGCCGGCAUCACUUUAACCAACUCUUUAUGGAGAAAGGAAACUACGCCCACGUGCUCCAAGCGGCGAACCACCGUCGCACAGCCUCAGGCAACACUCUUCCUCCAGAGGCUACGGAAGAUAUCGCAGUGGAGACCAAGGAAGAAAACGGCGAUUCACAGUCUUGAAUAUAUAUAUAUAUAUAUAUAUAUCUUGUUGAGUGAGUGUUGCUUGCGUGAUUUGAUUUUUAUUUGUAAUGAGUUGUUUCCAUAAUCAAGAGUCAAGACAUGAUUUUUUCUUCUUCUUCGUUUGAUUCGUUGGUUAUUAUUGAUCACAUUAUAUAUGUUACGGUCGAGAAAAGCAACAAAUAUGAUUUUUUGACA